CAUCAAGCACCGGUCGACCUCUUGUUGUAGUUCCGCAUUUUCAAUCCGCCAUUCUCUCGCAUAAUCCUUUGUUCUGCAGGAGGCGAAUAAAGCGAUCUUCAAUUUCACAAUGGAGCUCUUCAAUCUCCUAUUCCUCGCCCUGGGAUUCCUCACAUUCGGCGCGAACGCGCAGUUCGGUUUCUUCGACCAGAUGUUCGGAGGCGGAGGUGGAGGACAUCACCACCAACAGCACCAGCAACAGCAGAACGUUAGGAGCGAUAGUUCGUGGUAUCAAGCGCAGUAUGAGAACGCACCAUGUUCCAAUUACCUCUGCCCCGGCACUCUUUCCUGCGUGCACUUCCCGCAUCACUGCCCCUGCGCUUGGGAUCAGGUGGAAGAUAAAGUCGAACUGGGCCAAGGUAUUGCGGUGUGUGCUUCCAAAGGCGGUUAUAAAGAGGGGGAGACGUUGAAGAAGAUUGAGUUGGCGAGGAAGGGGUUGUUGUGAUCUUCAUGAGGAAGUGGUAUGCGGAGUUCACACGGAGGGGGCUAUCUAGAAAAGCCGAAUCUUCAAGAUGGAAAUCACGAAAUGCGAGGCGUUGCGGAGUUGUCAACGUUCGGAUUAUAAUGUGGAUAGUAAUACCAUCAUCAUAAGUCAUUG